AUGCAGCUUCCAGACACACAUAGGUGCAAUCACAUCCUCCUCCGAAGCAAGAACGCGAGGAAACCAUGGCACCUCUCGUGCAAGGCCACAGGCGACAGAGUCGACCGCCGUGACGUGCUCCUCGGUGGAGCGGCGGCGGCGGCAGGCCUCGUGCCUCAUCACCGCGGAAGCGCGCUCGCCACCCCGAUCCAGUUGCCAGACCUCCGAAACUGCCAUCCUGCCCACCGCGACAAUGCGGAUGAACCCAUCGACUGCUGCCCGCCGUUCAGCACGGGCACGAAAAUAAUCGACUUCAAGCUGCCGUCGGCCGGCUCGCCGCUCCGUGUGCGCCGGCCCGCGCAAGAGAUAAUGGACGACCCGGAGUACCUGGAAAAAUACAAGGAAGCCGUGAGGUUGAUGAAGGGGCUGCCGCACCACGAUCCCUGCAGCUUCGAGCAGCAGUGGCGCGUGCACUGCGCCUACUGCGACGGCGCGUAUAAUCAGGUCGGGUCCUCGGUCCUGAAGAUCCAGAUACACCACUGCUGGCUCUUCUUCCUGUGGCACAGGUUGUACCUGUAUUUCCACGAGAGGAUUCUCGGCAAGCUCAUCUGUGACGACACGUUUGCACUGCCGUUCUGGAACUGGGAUGCGCCCGAAGGCAUGCGUCUGCCGUUGAUCUACGCCGACACGUCAUCGCCGCUGUAUGAUGAAAAGCGCGAACCUGGGCACGCGCAGCCUCCAUUCCCGCUGGUGGACCUCGACUACAAUGAUAGGCCGUAUACCGAAGCAACAGUCGAUAAUAACAAUCAUAGGCAAAUCGCAAAGAAUCUCAAGAUCAUGUACCGUCAGAUGAUCUCAGGGGCCAGGACGAAGGAAAUAUUCUUCGGCCAACCCUACCGCCAGGGCGACCGUGGUUCACAGCUGAGCCAGGGCACCAUCGAGCGCCAGCCGCACAACAUAUGCGCGGGGAGCGUGGUGCUGUUGCCGCACGCUAUCCGGCCAGGGAAGGAUCGGACAAGGGACUCCAUGAAGACAACGGCUUGGUUCGGCAUCGGCGACCUGCUGGAUGCCGUCGGCGCUAAAGAGGACGAGAUGAUCAACGUGUCCAUUGUGCCGAGGUCCGCCGGGGACGUGGUGACUGUCGGCCAGGUCAGAAUCGACUAUGUUAAAUGA